AAAAAUUCAAACCAACCAAACACAACUCUAAGAACGUGGCGCACUAUAUAUAUUACAGUUACAGAAUCUCAGGCAGUGAGUAACGACUUGUUUUUCAAAAUAGCUUCUCUAAUACUCUACCAACUCACUAUCUACUUCUUCUUCACUGCAUGCUUUCUUCUUCUCUUCUCCAUUUUUCCAAAUUCAAAUUCAAAUUCAAAUCCUCCGUUAAUGGCGGCGACUAUGGAGAGCUUGAUCGGCCUCGUUAACAGAAUACAACGAGCAUGUACUCUCCUCGGCGAUUAUUACGGCGCCGGCGAUGCUACGGCUUCGUCUUUGCCUACUCUUUGGGAGUCUCUUCCUUCCGUUUCCGUCGUCGGUGGUCAGAGUUCUGGAAAAUCAUCGGUGUUGGAGAGUAUUGUUGGCCGUGAUUUUCUUCCCAGAGGCUCAGGUAUUGUGACAAGAAGGCCUUUGGUGUUGCAACUGCACAAGAUAGAAACAGGGGUAGAAGAGUAUGCAGAGUUUCUUCACUUACCCAAGAAAAGAAUCACAGAUUUCUCCGUGGUUCGACAAGAAAUUCAAGAUGAAACUGAUAGAAUGACCGGAAAGUCAAAACAAAUUUCUCCAGUUCCUAUUCAUUUAAGUAUCUACUCUCCAAAUGUUGUCAAUUUGACAUUGAUAGAUUUGCCUGGCUUGACGAAGGUUGCUGUUGAGGGACAGCCAGAGAGCAUUGUUAAGGACAUAGAGAAUAUGGUUCGCUCAUAUGUGGAGAAGCCAAACUGCCUUAUUCUCGCCAUAUCACCGGCAAAUCAAGAUAUAGCAACAUCCGAUGCUAUCAAACUCUCUAGAGAAGUAGAUCCAACAGGUGAAAGGACAUUUGGUGUGUUGACAAAGGUUGACUUGAUGGAUAAGGGAACAAAUGCCUUGGAUGUUCUUGAAGGGAGGGCUUAUCCACUUCAACACCCUUGGGUUGGAAUUGUGAACCGCUCUCAAGCUGAUAUCAAUAAAAAUGUAAACAUGAUAGCCGCUAGGCAACAUGAACGCGAGUUCUUUGCAACUAAUCCUGAUUAUAGGCACCUAGCUGGAAGAAUGGGAUCAGAAUAUCUUGCAAAGCUUCUGUCCAAGCAUUUGGAGUCUGUAAUUAAAGCACGCAUACCAGGCAUCGUAUCUUUAGUUAACAGAAGCAUUGAUCAACUUGAGGCGGAGUUGGACCACCUAGGUAGACCUGUUACUAUUGAUGCUGGGGCGCAGUUAUACACUAUCUUGGAGUUGUGUCGUGCUUUUGAUAGGGUAUUCAAGGAGCAUUUGGAUGGAGGGCGACCUGGUGGUGAUCGUAUAUAUGGAGUUUUUGAUCACCAACUUCCUUCUGCCUUAAGGAAACUUCCAUUUGACCGGCAUUUAUCUCUGCAAAAUAUUAGAAAAGUUGUUUCAGAAGCAGAUGGGUACCAACCACAUCUAAUUGCACCAGAGCAAGCUUAUAGACGCCUUAUUGAAGGUGCAAUUAGUUACUUCAGAGCACCAGCUGAAGCUUCUGUUGAUGCUGUUCACUUUGUUUUGAAAGAACUUGUAAGGAGGUCUGUUGGAGAAACUCAGGAGCUGAAGCGUUUUCCAACUCUGCAAGCUGAAAUAGCAAUUGCUGCAAAUGAAGCACUUGAGAGGUUUCGUGAAGACAGUAAGAAAACAACUCUGAGGCUGGUAGACAUGGAAUCGUCGUACCUGACGGUGGAUUUCUUCAGGAAAAUUCCAAUGGAGGUGGAGAAGAGUGGAAAUCCAACUGCCAACAAUGCAGAUCGAUACACCGAAGGCCACUUCCGGAGAAUAGGAUCCAAUGUUUCCUCAUACAUUGGAAUGGUGUCUGAGGCCAUCAAGAAUUAUAUUCCCAAAGCUGUAGUUCAUUGCCAAGUCAGAGAAGCCAAGCGGUCUUUGCUGGAUCACUUUUACACCCAAUUAGGCAGAAAGGAGGCGAAGCAACUUGCACAAUUAUUGGAUGAAGAUCCUGUAUUAAUGGACAGAAGGCAGAAAUGCGCCAAGAGACUCGAGCUAUAUAAGUCUGCUAGAGAUGAGAUCGACUCAGUCUCAUGGUCUAGAUGAGAUGAACGAUGAGCGUCUGCAAUAUUGGCGACUGAUAUAUCAUAAUGGGGAGAACAUUUGGCAAGUUUUUUUGCCUUUGACUAUUAUAUUCUAUUUGUUGCUUUUAUUUCUCAAUUCUGAGGGAUUUUAUGUUUUUUUCAUCCUAGAUAAAUAAUUUGAAAUCAUUAGUGAGCGAAAAUUUAAAAAAUGAUAAGCCUUGUAGAUCAAUUAGGUCAAGAAUCAGUUAAGCUGGCACUAUAUAAAUGAGAAAUUGGCCAAUUCA